AUGGACAAUUCCAACGCUUCGAGUGGCUCCCAGGCCAGAGCUGGUCUCUCCACUGCCGCCAACGAUGAGGUAAGACCAAUUAUCUACCAGGGGGUCAUUAUCGGUUACGCUAGGCGACCCGUCAUUCGUUGCAAUGAUGCGGGCUACGAGCGCCUCUUGAGGGAUUUUCGUGAGGGUCGUUCCAUCGAAGAGCAAGUUGCGAGAAUCCAAGAGAGGCGCAACUAG